UUGAAUCUGUUACAAUCUGGCCACUCGGACUAUAAACAACCUCUCUGCACAAGUGGAUGUUCAAACGCAGCUCUCACUCUCUGGAUAUUAAGCUGCUUGGUCUGCCUGAGCUGGGCCUGAUGGAAGGGGCAGUUACUGAGUCAGGGAGAUGCUGAGCCGAACAGAACACAGAGGUGUGUGCAGGCUGCUAUCAUCAGUGAUGUCUGGAACCGAGUCUCACACAGACAGAGAGGAGGACUACAGGUUCCUCCACAGCAUGUUGAUGGAGAAGAAGCUGCACUUGCUCUUCAAGAUCCACGAGCGGCUGAAGCGGUUUGAGAAGCGAAGCCCCGUCCCCGUCCAAGAGCACGCAGCACGUCUGGCAGCAGAUCUGGUAGAGGAACUCAUAUACCAAGGCUGGAGAGAUGAAGUCAAAGAACUGGUUGCUCUCUUUUCCAAACCCCACUUCAAGAGUCUCCUGCUGGUCCAUGACGCUGUAGCGCAGAGGGACUUUGAGCCGUCUCUUCCACCAGUACCUGACGAUGUACUGGAGGAGGACGAGGAUUCAGUCAAAAUUGUCAGCCUGGUCAAAACCAAAGAGCCGCUGGGGGCAACGAUUAAGAGGGAUAAAGCGACCGGGGCCAUUGUGGUGGCGAGGAUCAUGAGAGGAGGUGCAGCUGAUAAAAGUGGUCUGAUCCAUGAAGGCGAUGAGCUGAAAGAGGUGAAUGGAGUCUCACUGGAGAACAGGAAGCCAAAGGAAAUCCUUCCUCUUAUGGCUCGUUAUCAGGGUAACGUUACAUUUACGAUCAUCCCGGCCUCCUCAAAGGAAGAAAUGUUGUCAAAGAAGAAGAAGCUCUUUGUACGGGCUCUGUUUGAUUAUGAUCCAAACGAGGACCCCACUGUCCCGUGCAAAGACGCGGCGGUUUCCUUUAAAAGAGGCGACGUCCUGCAGAUUGUCAACAUGGAGGACGACACCUGGUGGCAGGCUUGUCACCUCGGCGACAGCGACAGUCGGGCUGGGCUGAUCCCCUCCCCCCAGCUCCAUGAGAGGAGAGUCGCACUACAGCGACCCAAAGCCCUGUUCAAGCCUCGGCAAGUCAAACCACCAGAUGAGGGGGAAGUCACGGAGGAUGUAGACUACGGAGCUCUAACAGGGAUCCACGUCGCUGGUUUAAGAAGAAGUUUCCGACUAGGCAGAAAGAGCACUUGGGCCAGAGAGGUGGCUCGGUCCAGGAGGUGGAGUGAAGGGGUACAUGGCUCAUUUCAUCCCCCCGUCUACAUAGAGGUGUCCCCCUAUCACCGAGACCCCAAGGACAGACACCGCCUGGUCGUUCUGGUUGGGCCGAGCGGCGUUGGCGUCAGCGAACUGAAGAAGAGGCUCCUGAUCUCAAACCCUGACCGUUAUGGCGUCACUGUGCCGUACACCACACGUGAGAAGAGGCGGCAGGAGAACGAAGGGGUGGAUUAUCAUUUUGUGUCAAUUAACAUGAUAGAGGAGGACAUUCUCACUCACAGGUUUAUAGAGUAUGGGCGAUACAAAGGUCAUUACUAUGGAACCAGUCUAGACUCUGCGCACAGAGUAAUGGCCCAGGGCAAGGUGUGCCUCCUGGAUGCACAUCCAAGUAAAAUAAAGCACGUGUACACAUCUGAAUUCAAACCAUACGUGGUGUUUGUGAAGCCGCCACGUAUGGAGGAGCUGCGUCUCACCAGGCGGCGAGCGAAAUUCAUCUGCGACAAGGACGACGCAAACCCAGUCAAGAUCUUUUCAGAAGAGGAUUUUGAGGACAUGAUCAACUUAGCUGAAACAAUGGAGAAGCAGCACGGCCACCUGUUCGACAAGGUGAUAGUUAAUGGAGAUAUCGCCGUGGCAUUCAGGGAGCUGAAGGCAGACCUGGAGAAGAUUGAGGAGAUGGAGGUCCAGUGGGUUCCUGCAGAUUGGAUCUGCUCCUCGCCAGCAACAGCACGGAGAAGUUGUGGUCAAUUGACGGGCUGGAUUUGAACUUUAAGCUCUUUUGACACAUAAGAUCCUAAGAUUAAGUUCCUUUUUGUUAAAUGAUAAGUUUUACUUUGUACUUGUAUUUGAAAGAAACUUUGCUUGGAUGAGAAAUAUGCCAACCAUGUAUUUCUCUUUCCCGUAGAAUAGGCAAAACAUUUUAAUAUUUGCUGUUUGUAAAAUAUAACAUUAGAUUUCAGCACCUUGGAUAAUAGAUUUUUUUGGGGGAUUUAAUUUUACAUAUUUUUCCAUUUGUAAACAACUGCUGUGAUUACCACAGUUUUCCACAGUGUCCCUGAGCGUGUACCUAAUUAGGCAAACAGAAUCCAUGUCCCUCUCCCUCUGUCUGUCUCAGAGCCAGUUCUUCUGUUGGCAUGUGGCUGAAAUAACGUCGGCUCGCAAGUCGAAGAAGAAGAAGAAUAAGGAAAAGGAAACUCCUCCAGAGCUUGUGGCUGAGUGUAAUCCUUCCCUGUCAGGUCGCAAACAUCAGCAUGUAAUUAUUCUGACAGCUGCUGCACUUCAAUUAACUGUAAUGUACACCAGAGAAAUAUUAUUAGUAACAGUCAGGAAGACCUUAUGGCCAACAAUAUGCUGUAGAAAAUAGAGACACAACAGUCAAUUAAAAAGCAUAGACAAC